UUGUAAAUAAUUUUUUUWWAAAUACGCAAGCUGUGAACAUCUCAGUUUCCUUUCCUCUCGUAGAAGGAAAUUAAAGAUGAUUAAUGAAUACAAAGCUUUGUUGUCAUUUUCGACAAAAGGGCAAAGCAAAUAGUAAAUAUACUUCAAAGCAUCCUGGUUCAGAGGGUUGUAAAUCGUUGGAAAAGCUAACAAAUAGCCCGUCAAUGAUCAUGAACCCUUGUACAUAUGACACAGUACAUCGAGCAUUGUCUCAUUUGCAUCGAGCCUCKCGGGGAUUUUCCACAAGCUUAUCUACAAUCUACAUAUUCAAAUAAUUUAUUCUGCUAAAUGACAAAAGAUAUAUAUCCAAAGUAGUUCGAACCAAUUAGUAGAUAGAUAAUUGUUCUCAAGCAACCUUUAUGGUUUUUCCCGCUUCUAUUGRUUAUCACAAACUACAGCCUUAAAAGGUUUUUAAUUUGAAAAGGGUUUGUUGAUAAAUGAAAUGAAAAUUGCGCGUUGUCUGUGAUUAAUACUCUUUUAAGACAAAACUAUCAUGCAGGGAUUUAGGCUUUAAAACUAAUUUAGUUGUCCAACGCCACAUUAUCUCGUAUAUAACCCCAAGGAAACUACAUUAAGAUUAUUCAUCACUUGCUGAUUUAUGAAAUGAUGUAUUGAUAUAGUUUAUAGGGGAAGGAAGCAGCGCAUGUUUGAGAGCUUCAAAUUAACCACUCAACGCUGGCAAAAACAAAUACUUUCAACUCCAAAUGGCGACCGCGUCUCUACAAAUUACAUCUCUAAGCGCAGAACCAAAGAAAUUAUUCCCAGAAAACAUUGAGCUUAAUGUCGGCGGGAAAUUCUACUCAACUACMGUGYUAACCCUCACAAAGAUUAAGGACUCUCUUCUGGGCAAAGCGUUUAGUGGAAAUGGAAAACAAUUGGAGAAAGACAACGAYGGAAAAUACUUUAUUGACCGAGAUGGGUUGCUGUUUAGGUACGUUUUGGACUUCUUGAGAGGGAGAAAASUUCAUCUUCCUGAUCAUUUCAAUGAAAUAGAGCGUCUCAAAAUAGAGGCUGAUUUCUACGAGCUAAAAGAGAUGCGGAAACAACUGGAASUUUUUAGCGACAGUUUGAGUCCAAAAUUCGACGAAAACUGCGGCCACAUCUCCGUGCAUGUUCGACGCACUUUUGCCUUCGGUCGCUCAGGUCAAGCGGACAUCAAAUUUCGUAAAAUGCGGAGGAUUUUGAUCUGUGGACGAGUUUCUCUCUGCAGGGAAGUGUUUGGUUCCUCUCUCAAUGAAACCAGAGAUCCAAAUCCCGACCGACUAAGGUACACGAAUCGAUUUUUCCUGAAAUUUAAUCAAAUUGAAAAGGCUUUUACUUUGCUUCGAGAAGCAGGCUUUGAAAUGGCCGGUUCGGAUGGUGGAAAAGUUACAACAACGGAAAAUGAGCGCUCCGAGGAAGAGAGAUGGGAACAUUUUGUGAGUUAUUAUUUUGUAAGAGAGAAACCGCCAGUGAAAAUAUAAAUGUGAGGUUAAUUGUUGCUUCUAUUGAGUAAAUUGACGCAGAUAAUUUCAAUGACUAAAUGGAAAAUUUAUAAGCAUUUAAUAUCGAUAAAAUGAAUACAAUAAAAUGCGCUGAAAGGAUGAAACGAGAAUGUGUCAUUAGUUGUUCGCGAUGAACAAAGUAGUCUAGCGUUUUUUGAUGUAUGUGUGAU